GCCCCAUGGCCCGCUUCACCAACUGUCUUCUGAAGGACAUCAUCAUCAGAAGUCAGUUUGACAGCACCAAGAGGAGGCAGUGUCUUCAGUAUCUCAACGCUCUGAGGUCGCUCCAGCGUAAUGGAUACAAGACCGUGUAUUUUGGGGAAACUGAGAUCCCAGAAACUCUGGUCACCGGGGAAGACUUUAGUGAUAACGGUUACAUGCAUACGCCAUCCUGGUGUAUUCUACAUGCUGGGGGCAGUCAAGGGUGGGUGCCUUGGAAAUACCGCAUGUUCCUGAAGGACGACCUGCACAUCAAGCAGGAAGAUGGCCUAUUUUUUGAGUUCUGCGACAUUGCGAAGAGGGCCUAUGGCAAGUGCGCCAUCGUGGUCAAAGGGAGAAGGCAGCAAGAUGAGACGAAGUUAAAGACAAGCAAAGGGGAGGAGGGCCAGGCCUACAUUCCAAGAAGCAUUAAUUUAACAAGCAUCGUGUGCUCCCCAGGAGUGGCCAAGUCCUACGGCCACGAACUAAUCUCUCUGCCUCUCCCCUAUAAUUAUCUGAACCCCUUAGACUCAGCCUGGUCUUUCGUGAAAUGGUUUAUCAUAAACAACCGGAAAGAGUUUUGCCUGAAGUCUGUUGACAACGUCUACACUUACCAAUAUAUACUCUUCAGUGACUUAAUUACCAAAGGGAUUGAGAAGGUUAAUCUGACCAAGUGGAAGGCUCUAACCAACAAGGUUCGGAGGUGGGAGAACUAUUAUCUCGGGAAGUUCUCUUAAGGGCAUCUCAUCCACAAAGCGCUGAGCUGAAUGGUCUUUGCUGCUAACCGUGGAGUCCAAGUCUGACUCGCCAUCACCAAAAACACUCUAGGAGUGACCUCGAGGGAUUACCUUCUCAACUGGGAGGUUCCUAAGGGUUAUCCGCAAAGUCCUGGGGUUGAUAGAGGCUCUUAAAGUUUGUUAGUAUUGUAUGGCAUCUCAACUCUCAUCUUGUGAUGGCUACCUCGAGGACCAUGCUUAGGGGAGGAUUGGAAAGACUCUAGCCCAGUGGAGGGUUCUGGCAAGCAGGAUUAAGGGACGUGUGAGCAAACCCUAGGUCUAAGAAAAACAAUAAACACUCUGAUUUAAAUACUGAGCCGAUGAACUUUAGACUAUUCCACAAGGAUCCACCAUGCCAUGAGCAAGAGACGUGAGCACACAGCUGUCGAGCCAGUGCUAUUCCUCUGUGAGGUAGUGGCCGUAUGUCCAAGCCACAAAAGGAAGCCAUGAGGACAUCAAAGGCUUAAGGGGUCUUAGGAAAAGGGGGGCUAUGGAACCCACAUAUCCAACCUGCAAGAAUCCCAUCCCAAGGGUCCAAGGUUGCCAUGGUGUUUAUCUCAGGCCUGCUGAGCCACCUGCAGUUGGUACAAUCUCCUGCUCAAACCCGGGGUGCCUGCUGUGGGCUGGAAGGAUCUGUGCUUGCACGUCUGUUACAGGAAAAGCCUGACCCCUGCGAAACCCACCACAAAGAUCCUGCUUCCUUAUGCAUGUUCAAGCAAUGACUCUACAACAGAAGCAGUUACACUGGGGUGCAUCAAAUAAUGACCUACAUGAAAAAUGUGGGCAGCCACCAGGUGGGAGCAGAAAGGCCGUGAGAACUCAACUUGGUCUUCAGGUUUGCUGAACCUGCAAAAAAUAAAAAUUGCUCUAAGGACAAGUCUAUGAAAGGACUAGCUUACAAAGAUGUCCACCAGUUCCCAAUGGAUUUAACUGUGGACGAAGUUGUAAAGCCAGGUCACUGCCAAUGCGGAAUGCUUCCUAGUUCAAUCUUGUCUUCCUCCUUUCCAGAACCUUCUGGUGUUAUUCAGAAAGAGGCUGUGGGAUGAACAGAGGGAUGGACAGAGGCAUCUGCAGCUUUAAUGCUCUUCAUUGGUAAGCUGCAGGUUCAGUGGUCUUUCCAAGUUGGAGCAAAGGGGAUGCAACACACGCCUUAUCUAAAGGGUGUCGCACCCCACACCACCAAUCGCUUGGACCUACAAACUUCACCUGUUGCAGAUCCAACUCUUACGCUGUGCUGUAUGAGCUUCUGGUGGCUGCUGUAACAAAGGGCUGCGAACUUGGUGGCCGGAAGCAGAACUUUAUUCUUUGCUGUUCUGGCUAUGGGGAGCCAGACGUCAUUUUCACGGACUGUCAGCAGCAUGGCCACGCUGCUGCGGACUCUAAGGAAGACUGCCACAAGUGUCUCCCAGUUUCUGAUGGCCCUCUUGCCCUUGGCUAGUGUCAUCUGCUGUCCAUGAAGCAGAAGCUGAUGAACAGGCUCCAUGGGCUUCGAGCCAGAAAUGCUGGAAGAGUUAAAGGCCUCCGAGGAGAAGUGAGGAGGUUUGGGCAGCCUGCAUGGGGUGGGUAGCCGAGGUCCCAGGUCUCUUCCUGUGAAUGGUCAGCUAUGGCAGAAGUGACAGUACCAGUGGCAGGUGCUGCAGGGCCAGCAGCAGGAGCCUGGCCAGCUAGGCUGGUCCAAGGUCCAGCCAUGAGUGUUUCUAGAGAGAGAUCUCUUCCCCAUGCAUUACAGCUCAGUAAAAACAGCCAGUCUCAGACAAUCCUCGGUGAAA